CCUUACUCAGGGCAAAAGCCUUAGCAAUCCCACCCCAGGCGGCCAGUAGGCACAGAUCCGGAGGGUCCUCCGAUGUGCUUCUUCGGAUCAACCCAGUGGAUCAGUCACCAGCCGGUUUGGAUUCAAACCAAGUCUUCUCGCGACGUGUGCGCCACAACCAAACACGACGCCCAGAAAGGGCACGAUGUUGUACUCGAGAGUCUUGAAAGGCUCUCCUCAUUGUCUUCCUAGUCCCGAUGGCAACUCCAUCGCGGCGCUCCUCGCCUCCGCCAUCGCCAUAAGAGAGGUGCAGACAUUACAAGUCACCAACACCAUCAAGUUGCCUGCCGGCCUGUCUGGGGGCGUUGUGGCAUUCUCAUGGGCUCCUUCAGCCACGAGAAUACUUGUUGCCGUGGUUGACCAGGUGCACGUCUUUUCAACCAUCCCCGGCGACAGUUAUCACGCGGUCAUUCGACUGGCCACGUCGAGUGUUGCAAAGCCGACAUUGGUCACGUUCGGAGCCGCCGAUGACGAGGUCCUUGUUUUCUCCACGCAUGGAAUCAAGCUCUCCAUCUUCAACUUGUCAUCUUCGACGACAAUAGAGAUAGCAAACCCAAAGUUCUACACGGCACCCGCAGCGGCUCGUGGGCACUGCAUUCGACCCAAGAGCAAUCACUUGGCCUUGCUGACUCGCAAUGCAGGCAAGGAUAUGAUCAGCAUUCAUCCCCCCCGGUCCCGAGAGCUCAUGAGGUCCUGGACGGUAGAGACCAUUGAUGCGCAAGGCCUAACGUGGACCCCCGAUGGCAACUGGCUCCUAGUCUGGGAAUCUGCAGCUCACGGUCAUAGGCUGCUAUACUACACUCCAGAUGGACACCUAUUCAAUGAAUGGCACGGGCCAAAGCCUGGACCUGGAGACGUUGAUUUGCAUCUAGGUGCUGGCAUCGGGCACCUUAAGCUGGGUGCUGUUGGCGAGCUCAUCGCCAUUUCGGACAGCUCUCGAGCAGUCACAGUCUUGAGCACAUCCACCAUGGCCGAGAAAGCCAGGCUCACGCAUACGGACGAUAUUCGCCCUUCAGAGACGCUGCAAGUCUGGCAAGAGCAAUCAGUCACACAGACAGAGCAAGCCGGGCCAAUAUUUGCAAAGGCAACUCAGACAGUCGCCCCUCCCGGCGGCUCUGUUUCUGGAUCGUCUGACGCCAAGUCUGGAUGCAAUCUCAUAGCUUUCGAUUGCUCGUGCACGCUCCUAGUCACACGCUUGGCCGCUGCACCCAGCACGUUGUGGAUAUGGGACAUUCCCAAUGCAGAGCUCCGGGCGGUUCUGGUAUAUCACUCUGAUGUGGUGCAAGUCCAGUGGCACCCAACACAGGCGGAAUUGUUAUUGAUACGUUGCGAAGCGGCUGCAUUGGGCACGAUAUUCGUCUGGGAUCCCCUCAGUCAAGGUCCUCGUACUCUUGGCAUUGAAUCUCGCCUGAAGCUUCGCAAGAUCACUGGGAAAUUACAAGUCAGGUGGCUCGAUCGAGCAGAUGAAUUGGCAUCUGUUUUCUAUGCCGACGACUCGUCCUUUGGCUUGUGCCUACUGGCAGACAACGACUCUGAUUUGGCUGAGUGGUUUCCGCAGGGUCAAGAAGAUCAGGACUCAUUUCUGUCUCUGGCUGGUUCAGAUAGACGAAACGGCACUGCUUCACUGCUUGAAGACUUCGACGACGAUCAUAGCGACAUGGAGGACACAUUCCACUUCAAGAGAACAUAAUAACCUACUCGAGCCGAUGGUGGAAUAUGCUCUCGUUCCAGGGUCCCCGUAUCGUGGUACAUGAGCCACAGGCUGGAUAUGCACAAACUCAUGCUUAUACGUUAACUGCAUAUCGCUGCGGUGAAAUCGUGGCGAGUCCGACAUUCGGCGGACCCAAACACGAUGAAAAUGCCAAGCUGCAAGUCUGCUUGAUUGCGGGCCUCCAUGGCUCCGUAAUGAUUAGGUCACCCUUCAGCUGCCGGUAAGCCUCGACUUGAGCGCUUGAGACAUA